AUCGGCUCUCAUCGCCGCUGACGACCAAAUGGGUCAUGCGAGGUUGGAGUACCUGGACCCCCGUUGGCCAGGUUCACAUCGAAGCGUUUCGAGUUUCGAGGAGCUGCCAGCGUUGAAAGCACACGUGGACGAGCUCCGAAAGGCCAUCGAUUCCAUGAACACGGAAUGGGCCCGGGGACGAGAUGCAAUGGAGCGGAACUAUGACAAAGUACACUCGUUGAAGGAAGAUCUGGACUCGAACUGGAAAGCAAGGCAUGAUGCGUUGGAAGCGGCGUGCACACGCUUGCGAGACAGCUUGGAUAAGGUUGGCGAGGACCGCACUCUCUGUUCUGAAGCUCAAUCCAGUUCUACCGAGGGGCUGCCUGCGCUCUUCCUGAAACGCUUCAAGGACCCCAUGCGCUUCACCAAAUUUCAAGAAGGCAAAAUCCAUGGCUGCACUCCCAAGUUCGACAAUGAUGAGUGCCUGUGUCCCACUGGACACGAGGAGUUGGGUUGCCAGGAUGCCACGGAUUCCUCCAGCUUUGAACUGAAGUGCAGCAACAUUCUGAAUAUGCAAAUCCCUUCCUCCAAUGUGCUGGAUUUCUUCAAGUCGAGAGGUGCCUGCAACAUGUCCAAUCACGACGAGCUCCUGAAGCAGGUGGUGGACCAGGAAACCAUGCAUCGCCUGGAGACCUCCAGCAUUGGCGCCGUCGGCGCCGUCGGCGCCGUCCUUCCCAUGGCGCUGUGUGGUUUCGCCGAUCGAGGGCGUUCCCGGACCAAAGCUGCCCGGGACUUUCUGUGUUCAGGAGCCACUUGAGAUGAGUUAAGCUGCCAGAAAAAGAUCA